ACUCCGGAGCGGGUGAGCCCUGGGCCUCCCCGGCGGGCCUGUCGUGCGCGGGAUUCUGCACAUCUAGGACGAGCUGGCACGUUACAUCGCUGGUGCUUCUCUGCCUGCUCAAGAUGCCACCACUUAGGCCCCUGUUGUAGAAAUCGCCAGACUUUUAAGGACCGCGGAAUCGGGACGAUCUUGGGGACUGACUUGUACAUUCCUGGCAGAUCUGCGUACACGAGUUAGAUGCAGACGUGGGUUGGUAGAAGGUUUCAUUUUCCCCAGUUUUGCAGCUACUCGUUUGCACCAUUAGCUUCUCAGAACGGGCUUCCCCAGCCUCGACUGAAAGCUCAGAAAAGCAGUUACUCUUUCCGGUGAGGCUUCCAGAGGAUCAAGAAUAGCGAGCACCCUGAGUCCACUUGCAGCCGGAUAGAGAUCGGUCCCUUCGGAAAGAGAUCGGGCCCUUUGGAUAGAGCUCGGGCCCUUUGUCUUCCCCUCACAGUCGUGACCUAUUAACGUUCCUGUGUUGCCAGAAUGAGUGACCGCUAUCUAGAGCAAAGGAUUAGUAUAAAAUUUUGCGUGAAACUGAACAAGUCUGCAAGUGAGACCCACUGUCUUUUAAAAGAAGCUUAUGGGCAUGAAGUCAUGUCGAGGGCCAGAGUUUAUGACUGGCACAAAAGGUUUAGAGAAGGGCGGGAAGAUGUUCGCGAUGAUGCCCGAAGUGGCCGUCCAGUUACCCAUCGGACAGAUGACAAUAUCCAGAAGGUCAAGGACUUGGUUUGUUCAAACAGGCAGUUAACAGUGAGGAUGAUGGCUGAACAGUUAAAUUUAGAUAAAGAGACUGUUAGACUCAUUCUGAAAGAAAACUUGAACAUGAGGAAAGUUUCUGCCAAAGUUAUAUGCGGUAUUUUGAAGGGUGAUCCUAAACCUCAGAAACUUGGCUUUCUUUCGGAUCUUUCCAAAGGAACGAGGAAAGACAGCUCGUGUGUGAAGAAAGAGGUCACAGGUUCUGAAACAUGGAGUCAUCCCCCGUGUGAAGCUGGUGGGGAAAUGCCCCUGCCUGUGUCUCACCCCAGAAUCCCCUAUCCUGCCGGCCAGCUUCUGCAGGCCUGGUCUCCAGCAAGCCUUCCCUCCAGGGCAGCUCAGGAUUGGUUCACACCCCGGUGAAAGGACUGAGACGGCUGAACCUGAACUGGAAAGCUGCCUCACUGUUAGGCACCUUCAUUUACUGCUCGUCUGUAUUCAAUCCUGUCUACCACCCUGCAUGCCAUGGCUCUCCUAGUUACUCUGCUGGACUGUUGGGCCGGCCAUCUUCCUUGCUGAUCUUCUCCACAACUUUGAAGAACCUUUGGCUGUUAACUUCUAGUUUUUGCUUGUUCUUGAUUUCUUUCGCUUAGCAAGUUUGGGUCUCUUCACUGCCCAGGCUUAGAUCAUGUGGCUGUCCUGUUGCUAUGUUCUUAACAUUCUGGGGAUCAUACCAGUGAGAGGUGGGGACAGGAUCUCCUGGAGUCUAUAUCUGCCCAGGGAGGCAUACUCUCCUGGGAGGACCCCAAGAGAAGGCCUCCAGUUCCAGUCUGCUUCACAGUCAGGGCCAGAAGUAUGGUCCAGAAGGGAGUGUCAUGCUGACAUAGUGAGCAAUACUAAGGGUUAGUGCAGCCCAAAUGAUUCAUUGUGACCCCCACUCCCACUCCCCUGAAUUGAUUGGCCAACCCAUAUUUAUAUUGAGCUCACAGAUCUACCCCUCACAAAAGAGCUGGGUUUGUUUUCUUUUAGUCCUGUGCUUUCGGCCC